ACAAUUAUCUACCUACUGUCAAAAGUGCCAAAUUCGUUGUCAGACUCAGUGAAGACUACGACGAUACAUACUGUUUGAUCUGAUAAUAUGGCUUUGUUUAGCUGCACCAGACUGGGAAGUAGAAGCGUACUAGCGAGCUUAAGCAGGUUUCCUGCGAGGUUGAACAGCGUGAAUUACGUUCAAGCCUCGUCUAAUGCCCCUAAAAUUACGUUUGUCAAGUUUGAGCCCCCAAAAGAAGAACAUCAUGACGUGAGGAAUGCCAAGUUGAAUCGUCCACUUUCUCCACAUUUAACAAUAUACUCCUUCCAACUGACUGCUGUGCUCUCUAUCACACAUAGAGCAACUGGAAUGAUGUUGACAACAUAUGCCAGCGCACUUGGUAUAGGGGCGUUAGUGUCACAAAAUGAUAUUUCACAUUACAUCACCAUGAUUGAAGGACUCAAUCUUUCACCUGCUACUUUAUUCUUGGCAAAAGUGAUAAUCGCUGCACCAUUAGGCUACCACUUUGCUAAUGGAAUCAGACAUUUGUAUUGGGACACAGCCAAAGGACUGUCCAUCAAAGAAGUGUAUUCGACAGGAUAUGCCAUGUUGGGGGCUGCUGCUGCCAUAACACUUUUCUUAGCCGCGUUGUAAAUAAAGGUGUUCUCAUUAGAAUGUUAUAAGAAUCGUUGAUUAUUAUUUAUUGAUGUAAGUAAAUAAACUCAUUGGAAAUCAGA